AUGGGGGCGGCUGCAUCGGGAGUCUCAACGCAAAUGCAGGCAGAACAUGACCCAAACGCAAAUUUUCCAUGGUGGGUUCGAUUCCUUGCCAAAGGAGUUGGGAUUGUCGGUGGAUUCCUAGCAAUAUUUUUUGGAGCGCUUGGCCUUGUGUCGCUUUCGGCUACAUGUAUCAUAGCUGUGUUACUACAAAUGGUUUUUGGUUUUUUGGUUAUCGCACUGGAAGCUCCUUUCUGCUGUGCAUUCGUAGAUUUUAUUGAAAAACUUGCACAAUUCAGUGAAUCCCGAAAACAUUGGCACAAAGCCGCAUUGUAUGGAGCGUGA